GUUUUACUAUUAUAUUUCUAAGGUUGGUAAAUUUGAUAUACUGUUAUUUUUUCUUGUGUAUUAAUUUUGUUUAAAUGUAUCCUUAAAAUCCGCGGGAUCCAGCCCCUGAAUUGGAAUGCACCAUAGCAAAGUGACCACAGGGAUGCAAAUUAUCCAAAUCUCGACUGAAUCGACAGAGGGCGCUGCUGCUGUUGUUUCCAUUUUUCCUCCUGUUUCCUGUGUGAAAUGAUCACUUCCGGUUCGUUCAAUGUGCAGCGCGCAGCUCUGAGCGGUUGUACGGUGCUUGGUUUGCUUUGGUCGGGAUGUCGUCGCUGCACCCCGGUGACCCGCAGUUGGUGUCGGUAAUCGUAAAUCACCUGAAGACGGAAGGAUUAUUUGAUCAGUUCCGUAGAGACUGUCUGGCAGACGUUGACACGAAGCCGGCGUAUUUACACUUACGACAGCGAGUGGACAACUUUGUGUCCAACCAUCUGGCCAACCACACAUGGAGCCCACAGCUAAACAAGAACCAGCUGAGAAACACCAUCAGACAACUGGUCCUACAGUCAGGAAUGUUGGAGCAAGGGGUGGACAGAAUCGUGGCUCAAGUUGUUGAUCCAAAAGUCCAUCACAACUUUCGGCCGCAGGUGGAGCGAGUCGUAAGGAAGUUUCUGUCUCCCAACAGCAGUUUGGAAGAGGAUGAGCUGCCCCUUGCAGUUCCGCCUCCUUCCACAGAAAACCAGGACACUCUGCUGCUAGCUCCAGAUGACAGGAGUGAUGCUGCUGAUGUUCAGAUCCAAGAGACCAGCAGCUCUGACCCGACCCAGGAGCAGAAAGAGGAGGAGAUGGACAUAAGCCUUAACGAGGAGGAGCAGCACACCGCUCUGAUCGAGGCAGAGGAGGUGCCCGAGGAGAAAGAUGGAGGAGAAGAGAAAGAGAUAAAGUUGGAGAAAGAGGAGGUGAAGGAGCAGGGAGACGCAGAGAAUGAGAACAGCACUAAAUCAUCAGGAAAGAUCAAAGAGGAGAACAGAGAGUCUGACUCCCAGAAAGUGUCCGGUGUAAAGCAGAGGUCUGGAGACAGACUAAGAGAAGAAUACACUCUCGAGGAUUCGGAUCUGGACGGUCUCAGUGACAUCACAGUGAGUUCUGUUCAUACCAGCGAUCUGUCCUCGUUUGAGGGCGACAGCGAUGACGAUCCACCCUUGUCGGAGUCCACAGAAGAGGGUGAGAUCAGUUCAGAGGAUGAGAGAGGACAGAAGACGUCCCCCGGUGAAGAGAAGAAAUCUCGCGGUGUGAGGCAGGGUUACAUACACAAACCCUUCCUGUACUCCCGUUACUAUAGCGACUCUGAUGAUGAGGUCACUGUGGAGCAGCGCCGGCGCAAUGUGGCCAAAGAUAAAGAGGAGAGGUUGUUAAAGCGCCAACAGAACCGAGAGCGCCUGGAGGAGAAACGCAGACAAAGAGCAGCUCAGACUGAGGAGCAGGAGCGGAGGAAACAGCGGCCACGGGCAAAAGAAGCUCGAAAAGAACAGAAAGUCCUGGAGAAGAAAGUGGCUCUUAGCAGACAAAGAAAGCGAGACCACAGAAAAGAUGAAGAAAGAAAUAAAAAUGAUACUGAAGGAGAUUCAGUCAACAAAGAUGUGAAGGCCGGGUGUCUGAAGUCCUCACGGCGCUCGUCUGAUGUGGAUGAGCAGCGCAAAAAGAAAGCAGACGAUGCCAGUGAGGAGAAACUACAAACAAAAACUGACAAAAACCGCGUCCACUCUUUCAUCCUGGACCUGGAGCUCGGAACAGAGGAAGCUCAACGUCAGAGAACAGGUGGGAAAUCUGAACGAAGUCUUCGGAAAGACGCACACGGCAAAGAAAAGGAGCGCAAGGAGAAAGAGCCAAGUGUCUGUGAUGAACGGAUCAAGCCCAAAAUGAAGACUGAGAGCAAGAGGGCUGGAGAUGCAUCUAUCCCGGCUUCUGAUGAGAAAGAAGACAAAAAGGCCUCAAAGGUCAAGGCGGAAAGGAAGAGCUCGGUGUCUUCGAAAGAAAGCAAGGCAUCUUUUUCUGAAGCUGCAGAUGAGGGCAAUCUCAAGAAAGGAAAGAUGCCUGUGGACACUCUCAAGGAGAAAACAAGGGGAGAGAAGAUGGGAAGCAAGAGUGACUCGAAGCUGCUCCGCCGUUUAGACUCCACAGGCUCAUCUGAGGAAAGGUCAGAGGUUGAGGCAAGUUCAGAGGCCACCCUGAAGAAAGACAAGCACGUCCCAAUAAAGUCAAAGAGUCAAGCGGAGGUCAAACCAGCAGACAAGCUCAAGUUGAAAUCUGAAAGAAAGGACUCCUCGACAGGAGAAAGAGACAAGAGACAUGGCUCAGAAACUGAAAGUGACGCUCGGAAAGCAGAAGUAGGGACGAAAGUCAGAUCCGUGUCAGAGAAACACAGAUCAAAAUCCAGAGAGGACCUGAAAUCCCAGAAGUCUGAAAAGAAGAUGCCAAGCCAGGACACCAAGAGCAAAGCAGAAAAGAAAACCUCAGAAGAGCUUCAGAAAACCAAAGAUUCAAAAGCUGGAAGAAGAGCAACAGAGAAAAAGGUGCAAAAAGAUUCUGAGAGAAAGUCAGGUGGAAAGGAUUCAAGUGCAAGCCCGACAGAACCGUCAGCACCGAUGUCUCCUGUAGCAGAACCCUCAGCUGUCUCCAGCACUACUCCUUUACCGGACGACACGUUUGGCGCGCUGAGCGACGUCACUGCUGACUCAGAUGGCGAUGAUGUGACGGAGCCCCGUUCGCUAUCGGCAGAGGCCGAUGCCCUCUUGAGUCUGAUGACGGCAACGAGUGACAUCACGCAGCAAGCUGUAAGACAGGAGACGGAAGCUGAUCUAAAGAUGAAGGAAGCGGCGCUUACGCUGCUCUCGAUGGAUCCGGAUAUUGCACGCUCAUCAGAUGUCAUUGUUGCAGAAUCUCAGGUUUCUAUUCAGAUGACGUCCGAUGCCACAGGACGCUGUAUCUCCGAGACACAAAGUGAGAGUUGUGCACCCGCUGUCGGUCAGCAGGAUGAACAACAGCAAGAUGCAGCUGCAUCUGCAUCCACUGUGAAACCCACCAAGACUGAGACUCUUAUUGUAAAUGAGGUGGUGACAUCAGAGGUUGCUGAUAGGCAGAGAGAGAAAAGAGACAAUGAGGAAAGCAUGCAGAUUCUUCCUUCAGACACAGCUGAGCCAGGUCGGGACAACACGGUAGACGUAGCACAGCAAACACAGAGAUUCAAAACUGCAGAGGCAACGGAAUCUCCAAAGACACUCGAGGCAGACGCAUCUGUGCCUGCGCAGACUCCAAUGACAGCCAAAGCUGCCGCAGACGAUUCUGUGCAGACAUCUACUGCGGAGGUAACGGAAUCGCCAACGUCAUCUGCAGCAGACGCAGCUGAGCCUGUGCAGACUCCAAUGACAGCCAAGGCUGACGCAGACGUUUCUGCGCAGACACCUACUGUGGAGGUAACGGAAUCGCCAACGACACUUGCAGCAGACACAGCUGAGCCUGCGCAGACACCCACUGCAGAGGUAACGGAUUCUCCAACAACACUUGCAACAGACACAGCUCAGCCUGUGCAGACACCUACUGCAGAGGUAACGGAAUCUCCAAUGACACUUGCAGAAGACGCAGCUGAGUCUGCGCAGACACCUGCUGCAGAGGUAACGGAAUCUCCAACAACACUUGCAGCAGACGCAGCUGAGCCUGCGCAGACACCUACUACAGAGGUAACAGAAUCUCCAACAACAGUUGCAGCAGACGCAGCUGAGUCUGCGCAGACACUCACUGCAGAGGUAACAGAAUCUCCAACAACACUUGGAGCAAACCCAGCUGAGCCUGUGCAGACGCAUACUACAGAGGUAACGGAAUAUCCAACAACACUUGCAGUAGACUCAGCUGAGCCUGCGCAGCCACUUACUGCAGAGGUAACGGAAUCACAAACGACAUUUGCAGAAGACGCAGCUGAGCCUGCACAGACACCCACUGCAGAGAUAACAGAAUCACAAACGACACUUAAAGCAGAUGCAGUUGAGCAUGUGCAGACCCCAACGACAGUCAAAGCAGACGCAGAUGUGCCUGCGCAGACACUUUCUGCAGAAGUAGCAGAAUCUCUAAUGACUCUGACAGCAGACACAGCUGAGCCUGUGCAGACUCCUACGACAGUCAAAGCAGAUGCAGCUGAGCCUGCACAGACACCUAUUGCAGAGGUAACAGAAUCUCCAACGACACUUCCAGCAGACGCACCUGAACAUGCGCAGACACCCACUGCAGAGGUAACAGAAUCUCAAACGACACUUGCAGCAGACGCAGCUGAGCCUGCGCAGACACCCUCUGCAGAGGUAACAGAAUCACAAACGACACUUGCAGCAGACGCAGCUGAGCCUGCGCAGACACCUUGUGCAGAGGUAACAGAAUCUCCAACGACACUUGCAGCAGACACAGCUGAGCCUGCGCAGACACUUAGUGCUGAGGUUACAGAAUCUCCAACGACACUCAAAGCAGAUACAGCUGAGCCAGCGCAGAUGCUCAGUGAAGAAACUGUGGACCCUGCGCAGACGCUCCCUGAAGAAAUAACUGAGCCUGUGCAGAUAAUCCAAGUAGAUUCAGCAAAGCCUGUUAAGGUAGAGUCUGCGCAGACCCUGCCUCCAGACACAGCUACGCUUGCACAGGCCCCUACCAGAGCGGCAGACGACCCUGUGCACACAGUCACUGCAGACACAACAGAGUCUGCGCAAAACCUUACAACCUCUGCAACGAAUCCGAAUACAGCACAGUCUGCGCAAACCUCCACCACAGACAGUGCAUCUGUCUCAGACGAACAGGACAGGUCGACGUCAGACGUCUCAGAAACGGAGCAGACGGACAGCUCAGGCACACGCAGGGGCCGAUCAGCCAAUCAGAGGGCAGGUUCUUCACAGUCAAAAGAGGAGAUGGUUACAGAAAAGGAGCCACAGGAGCAGGGUCGCAGGAGUAGACGCUCUGCAGCACAGAUUAAAGAUUUGCCUACAGUGAAACCUGCGAUGAAGCGCAAGAAAUCAGACACCUCGACUACAGACUUAGCAGCAGAUGAGAUCGAGGAAGAGCCAAAAAAAUCUGCCAAACAGAGACGAAAUGAAGUAAGUCCAUCUGAAGAUCAGGAUGUGAUGAAAACAAGUGAUGAAGAAGAGGAGGAGGAGAAGAAAGAUGAGGAAGACGUGACGGGAGACAAAGAGGAAGCUAAGCGGAAACCUCAUCGUCGCGGACGCACCUGCAAAACCACAGAUGACUCCGAUGCGGGAGUUUCUGAGAAACGAGAUACAGCUGAGAAAGAAGAGGAUGAGGAGGAGACAUCUUCGAGAGCGACGACUCGUGCGGCGUCUCGUUUGGAGGCGGAGAGAAAUAAACCGAGCAAACCUUCCACUCGAGCUCUGAGUAAACUCAGUGGAAAAGAGGAGGUGUCUCCAAGCACACGCUCGGUGAGGGGACGUAAACGUGAGGCGAGUCCUCCGGUGUCUCGCACUCGCGGGGGACAGAAAUCCGAUGAUCCGCCUUCAAAAAGAGUCAAACGAUGAGUCCUGUACAGAAUAAAUUCACUUUCACCUGUAGUUUUUAAGGUCAGAACACAUCUGGUUGUCAAGGCAGCUGGAUUUGAAGCCUUGAUGUUUUUAAAUUCAGAGACAUUGGUUCAUAUUAGUUCAUUACAGACAGUGUUGUGUAAUGACAGGCACGUAGUGUUAAACUGUAGUGUUACAUCCGGUCUGUCAGGGAUGUGUGCGUGUAUGUGUGUGAUUUUGUGAAUGUAAAUGAGGAUUGUUGUUUAUUUUAUAUUUUUACCUUAUAUUAUAAAUCCACCAUUGAUCCUGA